AUGACAACUACUUCUUCCUCAACAAACGAGUCUAUAAGACCGAAAAAUAACCAUACAACCAUUUCCACAACUGGAGUUUCUACAACAUUAGAUCAAACUACUACUACUCGUUUUAGAAAUAACUAUGACGACAAUAACAACAAUAGCGUUAUUAGUAAAGACAGCUCCACAUUUGCAUAUGUCGUGAACAGAUCCAAGAGUGUACUUAAAAAAUACGGAUCAUUUGUUGGUCCAGGAAUGUUGAUCAGUGUUGCCUAUAUGGAUCCUGGUAAUUAUGCAACAGGGAUUACUGCAGGGGCAUCAAAUGAAUAUUCUUUAUUGUUCAUUGUGUUUUUAUCUAAUGUUAUUGCCAUAUUUUUACAAAGUCUCUGUAUAAAAUUAGGUUCAGUAACAGGUUAUGAUUUGGCUCGUUGUUGUCGAGAAUAUUUACCUAAACAACUAAACUGGGUCUUGUGGUUUUUAGCUGAAUGUGCCAUCAUUGCUACUGAUGUAGCUGAAGUCAUUGGGUCGGCCAUUGCUUUGAACAUUUUGUUGAAGAUUCCGUUACCUGCCGGGGUAGUAAUCACUAUUAUUGAUGUGUUGUUUGUUCUUAUGGCAUAUCGUGCUGAUACUUCGCUGAUGAAGUUUGUUAAAAUUUUUGAAUAUGCCGUGGGUGCAUUGGUUAUGGUUGUUGUUGUUUGUUUUGCCGUUGAAUUAUCACAAAUUCAUGCUAGUGCAAGAGAUAUUUUCCGUGGAUUUGUUCCUUCGAAACAAAUGUUUGAUGGUAAUGGGAUGACCAUUGCAACUUCUAUCAUUGGGUCUACAGUGAUGAUCCAUUCGUUGUUUUUGGGUUCAGGAUUAGUUCAACCCCGUUUACGUGACUUUGACGUUAAACAUGGAUAUGUGAAUUUGGAUGAUAUUCUCAACAAAAAUGACCAACCACAAUUUCCAGUUAUUGAAUCAUCAACAACUACACCAUCUGAGAAAAAAGAUGACGCAAAGAAUAAUGUCAAAGUAUCAAUGUAUGAAAAAGAAGCUGAUUAUUUUUAUCAUUAUUAUAAACCAUCCUAUCAAUCAAUUAAAUAUUCCUUAAAGUAUUCCAUAGUGGAAUUAACUAUCACUUUGAUCACAUUAGCCCUUUUCGUCAAUUCAGCAAUUUUAAUAGUCUCAGGGUCAACAUUAUACGGUACCGAAGAAGCCAUAGAUGCCGAUUUAUACACUAUUCAUGAUUUAUUGAGUCGUUCAUUAGCACCAGCAGUCGGUACUAUUUUCAUGGUAGCAUUAUUGGCCAGUGGUCAAAGUGCUGGUAUAGUAUGCACUAUUGCUGGACAAAUUGUUAGUGAAGGACAUAUCAAUUGGACUUUAAAACCAUGGCUUAGAAGAUUGGUGACAAGAAGUAUAUCUAUUAUUCCUUGUUUGAUUAUAUCUGUUUGUAUUGGAAGAAAUGGAUUGGGUAUAGCUUUAAAUAUUUCUCAAGUGGUGAUAUCCAUUUUAUUACCUCCAUUGACUGCUCCUUUGAUUUAUUUCACUUGUUCGAAAAAAAUCAUGAAAGUGGAAUUGAAUGAAAAUGAUGAAGCUAUUGGUGUCACAGGACAAGAAGAAGAAGUAGAAGACGAAGAGUCGAAUGAUCAAGACACAAAUGGCUCUGGAAAGAAAUAUAAAUAUAUGACCAAUAAUUGGAUUACUUCAAUUGUUGCUGUUAUUAUUUGGUUUUUCGUUUCCACAUUGAAUGUUUAUGCCAUUUACGAAAUGGCAAAGAACGGUGUAUCUGGAUAA